UCGCUAGACUGUCUAUGAGGCCUAUCCGCAAUACCACCACUACCGUAACAUCGCUCACAGACCUACGGGACGGCCACGGCGAGCUUUUCAAAGGCAUUAAACGCGUCAAAUAAGCGUAGUGGGAUGAGUUUGGGCGACCGGGUUCGAGUUUCGGGCCACUGAGGGGUGUUUUGUCAGGAAAUUCGGGCGGUUGGGUGUUGUUAUUUCUGGGGAAGCUGAGUGGUCAUUGGCAGAGUUCAAUACACAGCAGCUCGCGAGAAGAAUAAACGCAUAUUUCACGUCUCUGAACACCCUUGUUUCACUCCACUUGCAUGGGCUUUUGAGGAUUAUUACAUUUCAGUCAACCAACACAUCGCAGGAGAAUAAAAGUGGAGGUGAGUCUGGCUCUGGUACUGAACGUGUCUGCCUGACCCGAGACUCAACACUCCCCCUUCCCCAACCUCCCUGCCACCCUGCCCUACGCCCUGCACACCCCUAACCCAGCAUGAACGAGAUCAGCAUCGUCAGAGAGGGCUGGCUCCACAAGAGAGGUGAAUACAUUAAGACUUGGAGGCCCCGAUAUUUCAUCCUAAAGAGCGAUGGCUCUUUCAUUGGGUACAAGGAGAAGCCAGAGACGUCAGACCACAAUCAGCCCCCUCUCAAUAACUUCUCUGUUGCAGAGUGUCAGCUGAUGAAGACUGAAAGACCUCGGCCGAACACGUUUGUCAUCCGCUGCUUGCAGUGGACCACUGUUAUUGAGCGGACCUUCCACGUGGAAAGCAACGCUGAAAGAGAGGAGUGGAUACGUGCAAUACAGGCUGUGGCCAAUGGGCUCAAGUCCCGGGAAGAGGAGGAGCCAAUGGACAUCAACUUUGGCUCCCCUGGAGACAACAGCCUGGAGGGAAUGGAGGCUGCCAUUGCAAAGUCCCGCACCAAAGUCACAAUGAAUGACUUUGACUACUUAAAGCUGCUGGGUAAAGGCACUUUUGGAAAGGUGAUUCUAGUGAGGGAAAAGGCUACUGGCAUGUACUACGCCAUGAAGAUCCUACGCAAAGAGGUCAUCAUUGCUAAGGACGAGGUUGCACACACAAUCACAGAAAGCAGAGUGUUGCAGAGCACACGGCACCCCUUCCUUACGACACUAAAAUACGCCUUCCAGACACGAGAUCGAUUGUGUUUUGUCAUGGAGUAUGCAAACGGAGGCGAGCUGUUCUUCCACUUGUCUCGAGAUCGCGUGUUUACGGAAGAUAGAGCUCGCUUCUAUGGGGCUGAAAUAGUUUCAGCUUUGGAAUAUCUGCACUCUAAAGAUGUCGUCUACAGGGACCUAAAGCUGGAGAAUCUGAUGCUGGAUAUAGAUGGUCACAUUAAAAUCACAGACUUUGGCCUGUGUAAAGAGGGCAUUACUAAUGAGGCCACCAUGAAGACAUUCUGUGGGACCCCAGAGUACCUUGCUCCUGAGGUAUUAGAAGACAAUGAUUACGGCCGUGCAGUGGAUUGGUGGGGUCUGGGGGUGGUCAUGUAUGAAAUGAUGUGUGGUCGGCUGCCGUUCUAUAACCAGGACCAUGAACGUCUGUUUGAGCUCAUUUUAAUGGAGGAGAUUCGCUUCCCCAGAAACCUCUCGCCCGAGGCAAAGGCCUUGCUGGCUGGCCUGCUCAAGAAAGACCCCAAACAGAGGCUCGGAGGAGGUCCUGAGGAUGCCAAAGAAGUGAUGACACACAAGUUCUUCAGUUCCAUGAACUGGUAUGAUGUCCUUCAAAAGAAGCUCAGCCCACCCUUCAAGCCGCAAGUGACCUCAGAGACAGACACACGCUACUUUGACGACGAGUUCACUGCACAGACAAUUACUGUCACGCCACCUGACCAAUAUGAUAGUCUUGAUGUGGAGGACCCAGAUGCACGCUCACACUUCUCACAGUUCUCCUACUCAGCCAGUGUGCGAGAGUGACCCCUCCCCUCCCCACCCUCUCACCCUUACCAGCACACCGGACGCCCCUCACAUACACAAACGCAAACGCAUACAAGGACACGUGCACCAGCAACCCAAGCCCACCGAGGAGUGGGUUCUAGGGGGGAGUGCGGCAUCUGUGAACGAUCCUGAACAGGUGGUACCCUCUGGUCAGUCCUGGUUUCCGAUUGGCCUUUCAUUCAGCCAGUCGUAGCCUGACACUACACACUGCAACACAAUCCAUCAAAGAAUCACUGAAUAAGUCUCAACCAAUCAGGUACCAUCGAGAACACCGCUCAGCACCAGCAGGUUUCAGGACACACGCUCGCACUCAAAACACUGGACUACGGGACUCAAGCCUCUUGUAAACACAGAUAUCAAACACACUCUAAAUCAUCUUGUGGGGACAAGAGAAAUCAGUUUGGACUUAUUUCCCACUGAUUGUUACAGUUUUAAAGCCAUAUUUCUGCAAAUGUACAAGUGCUCUUUCUGGAACUAGAUGUUACCAACAGUGUUUUUACAGCGGGAGGACCGACGAUAGGGUAACACAGAAAGGAAUAGUGCUGUUUCUCUGCCUGGGUUUGUGUACCGAAUGCUAUGUGUGCGUCAACGGAUGCGUGUUCUUCAACUGUGUGUCUUUUUGUGUUUCCAUUUUUUACAAGGGCAUAACAUUAUGUUGAGGAGUUGAACGGGGGUGGGAUUGUUAGGGGUUUGGAGACUCACACACUAUAGAUGUGAAAAUGUUUGUGCUUUAAAGGGAAAAGAGAGAGAGGAAGACAGCUCUAGUGUGUUAACAGAGAGCCUGUGGUUUCCUCCACAUCAGGAACAUUGAAACCGGCUUUCUGGAGAGGCGUUUUUCCAGUUUUCAUCUGCAGCCCCAGAGGCUGUGUGUUCUGAGGUUAGUGUAUCAUCAUGUUGUUUUCAUUCUCUCGAACGUUUUGCAGGCACUGAUGUUAAAAUUUAGAGACGAACGUACAGGCAACAACCAUAACGGAAAAAGGAUUUGAAUGUUCUGUUAUUUAACUGCAAGAGCUACUGCAUCAGCAUGACCGACUGGUUCAAGUAGCAAACAGUGGAAACCGCCUUGACACUUUUUUCUUUUCAUUUUUUCUUUUUUUUUCAAUUAGUGUAGUCAGAAAAAAAUGGUUAGGAUGUUUGAAAGAAAAUGUUCAACUUCAUCUCCAGCUGUGUAACGUAGGUGAGCUUCUCCAGACAGAAGCUGUCUUCUUUUGCCUUUUGAAAGAUGAUUCAUGUGCAAGGAACAUCAAACUAUUUUGUUUAUUGUUUUAUUCCUUAUUUUAUUUGGAUCAUUUUUUCUUCAUUCGCCCACUCACUGAAAUUAAAUUGUCUUGGUAAAAAAAAUAUAAAUAUAUAUAUAUAAAAUAUAUAUUACAAUAGUAAAGUUUUUUUUUGUUUGUUUUGUUUCUUUUGUCCAUUUUUCCAUUUGUGUGAAUGUGUGGUUCACUUGUGCAUGUGUGGGUGUGUAACAAGGUAGUCACAGUAUAUAUUUGCAAGGGGAAAUGAAAAGCUUCCUUUGUCGAGAAAUGACGAGCAUUUGUGUUUAAACAUGAUAUAUUACCAUCCCUCCUCCAUAAACUUUCUCAUACACAAACGUCCUCACAGGUACCAACAGCAGGGCCAAACUGAAGUACUUCUGCGGGUCUUAAGUGCAUCAAAACCAAAAUACGCAACUCACUAGGUUUGGAAACAGCCCUUAUUGCCUUGACUGAGAGAGAGACCACCAGAUGGUGCCAUUUGCAAGUUUCAUUAAAUAAUACAUUGCUCCAGGCACAUGCACACUAGUUCACACCAUGAUGCUCAAUUAUAGUUUUUUAAAAGAAACUCCUGGGUGGAGACAUGAGGGGUGAAGAUCUAAAAUGACCUGCUGUAGUGCUUUCACCCAUUUUUCUUGUGUGUGUGUAUAUACCUACAUUUGUAGGACAAAUCAGCUUUGAAGUGAAAUUAUUUUGCAAAUUUAACCAUCGACUGUUCUGUUCUGAAUGUGAUGAACAAUCACGAAUGUCAUCAUUGAUGCUCGGUUUGCUUUUUUAGUGCUGGGGAUGCAAACGUUGGGGGGAAACUUGAAAUUUCAUCAAACUCAAUUUUUUUUUUUUUUGGGCUACAGAGUGCUAUGGGGGUAUGCUUUGCUAUUAGGAAAUACAUGCGAGUAAAUUCUUUUACCAAAAACUGUAUGAUGUCUGCCUCUUUUACUAACCCAACAGCAUGGCAAAUUAACCAAGUGGACAGCAGAUUUUGAUACAUUGUGUUAUUCGGCUAAGGUUGAGCCUAAAAAUGUGCACAGUUUUUGUUUUAUUGAAGACAAUUUAUACUUUAAACAUUUAAUUGUACAAAUAUAUUGGGAAUGUGUGUAUAUAUAAUUGACAGCGUUUCAGCAGUGGUCUGAAUAAUAAUGUACAACAGUCA